AAAUAAAAAGAGAGAGGGACGCCAUUGAAAGCAGAGUAGUACAUCACGUUAAAAGCUAGAGAGAUCAAAACCAAACAAAUAUUUAAAGCAACAACGUGAAGCACUUGAAACAAGAUUGAGAUAUAACCAAACCAAACCCUAUCCCUUCUACUUCUAGGCGUUUUACUUCGGCGGUUUUGGCGGCUGCUGAAGGCUUCCAAUGAGCAGAAACAUCAACAUCGUUGGCGUUUGCCAGAGCAACAGCGGUUACUAUGGCUAUGGCUAUGGAGGAGGAUACGUGGAGAAGAGACAGUUGUUCCUAAAGAGCUACCAGUUCUCGAGGAAACAGAGCUUGACUGAGAAGAUCAAGAGAUCUGUGGGGAGAGUAGUGAAGAAAGUUGUCUGGAUGAAGUUGAAAUCUGCUCGGAGACUGAAACGCGUUGUUUGGUCGCGUCUCAAAACGGCGUUUUUCUACCACCAUAGACGUUUCUUUCGUCUCCUUCGCCCAAACAAGCACUCCUCCUGCUUCUAGUAUCCUAAGUCUCGAUCUCUUCUCUCUUUUUUUUUCAUUCGUUUGUGUGUGCAUUAGUUUGCUGCUUGCUCAUGUUGUUAAUUCACUAAAUAAUCUUUGUUACGAAUAUAUAAAUACUAUGCUUGCGGAUUGUGAAUUGUGAUCAUGUAUUAGAUUUUUAUUCUAGAUUUUGUAAAAGAGUUAUCAAGAUUUUGAUUUUGAUUAGGA